UCCGCCGCCUGUAGGAGGCAGGAAGUUCUCCCUCUCCACUUGCCACUGAACGUUACCACGUACGUACGGCGGCGGUGAGGGUGUGGACGUCCCACAGCAUUCAAUCUACUGGAGACAACAUAACGCUUCUAAUAACUUCUAACCGCAUUACAGCGCAACAGGCGAAUAUACCCGGAUUACUGUGACUGGGUGAGCGUCUCUGAUUGUGUCCCUCAUUGUCUCAGAUGAGGGACUGAUGCUGGCCAGGACCCUGCUGAACCCCUCGGGUCGCCUCUCUCAUCUGUCCCAAUUCACUUCUGCAUCUACUCCCACGGGUGCACGUUAAGAGAAGGAGAAUACACCAGCCAAAAUGGAUGAUAUAUUCACACAGUGCCGUGAAGGCAAUGCAGUGGCAGUUCGCUUAUGGUUGGACAAUACAGAGAAUGACCUCAAUCAAGGAGAUGACCACGGCUUCAGCCCUCUCCACUGGGCAUGCAGGGAGGGUCGCUCCAGCGUGGUGGACAUGCUCAUUAUGAGAGGGGCUCGCAUCAACGUCAUGAAUCGUGGAGACGACACGCCUCUGCACCUGGCCUCCAGCCACGGACACCGCGACAUCGUGGGAAAGCUGAUCCAGUGCAAAGCAGACACCAAUGCAGCCAAUGAACACGGGAACACACCACUGCAUUAUGCCUGCUUCUGGGGCCAAGACCAAGUGGCUGAGGACCUCGUGAUGAAUGGGGCUCAGGUGAGCAUCUGUAACAAAUAUGGGGAAACUCCCCUGGACAAAGGCAAACCCCACCUGCGUGAACUCCUCAGAGAAAAAGCAGAGAAAAGCGGACAGAACUUGACUAAGAUUCCCUUCAAGGACACGUUCUGGAAAGGGACCACCAGAACUCGACCCCGCAAUGGCACUUUGAACAAACAUGCAGGCAUUGACUACAAACAGCUCUCUCUCUUGGCUAAAGUAAAUGAGAACCAGUCUGGAGAGCUGUGGCAAGGGCGCUGGCAAGGAAAUGAGAUUGUUGUUAAGGUGCUGAAAGUUCGUGACUGGACCACAAGGAAAAGUAGAGACUUCAAUGAGGAAUAUCCCAAACUCAGGAUAUUUUCCCACCCGAAUGUCCUACCCAUGUUGGGAGCAUGUCAGUCUCCUCCCGCCCCUCACCCCAUCAUCAUCACACACUGGAUGCCUUAUGGCUCCCUCUACAACGUGCUGCAUGAAGGCACCAACUUUGUGGUGGACCAGACGCAGGCAGUGAAGUUUGCCCUGGAUAUUGCUUGUGGAAUGGCCUUCUUACACACACUUGAACCCCUGAUCCCUCGCCACUAUCUUAACAGCAAGAGUGUCGUGAUAGAUGAAGACAUGACAGCCAGGAUCAGCAUGGCAGAUGUCAAGUUCUCCUUCCAGUGUCCUGGCAGGAUGUACUCGCCUGCAUGGGUAGCCCCCGAGGCCCUGCAGAAGAAGCCAGAAGAUAUUAACCGUCGGUCAGCAGACAUGUGGAGCUUUGCUAUCCUGCUGUGGGAGCUGGUGACCAGAGAAGUGCCGUAUGCUGACCUCUCCAACAUGGAAAUAGGCAUGAAGGUUGCCUUGGAGGGUUUGAGGCCCACCAUCCCACCCGGCAUUUCGCCCCACAUUUGCAAGCUCAUGAAGAUAUGCAUGAACGAAGACCCAGCAAAGAGGCCUAAAUUUGACAUGAUUGUGCCGAUUCUGGAAAAAAUGCAGGACAAGUGAAAACCCUCCCCUACCCUCCUGUAUUGAACCGUUGAAUUAGGGGAUAUCUCACCCUUGAAUAUCACUCUGGUAUGGUGGUGUGGUGCUUACCAAUAUUGCCUUAAACUCUUACUCUACUGCUGCAUUCAACGCCACUGUAGCUUCUGCUUCUGAGAUGAACUCAGCAGCAGUCACUUGUUUUUAAGUUGUUGUUCUUCAAUGUGAUAUGAAGUUUUUAUUAGUGUCUUCAUCUUUGUCACUGACUUGUUGAGGCUGUCUUUGCAAGAGCUUAACAUUGACUGUUAAUUUUCUGAACUGUUAUCACGUGGACUGAGUACCAUUGUCUUCAAUCGUCUAGACUGAAUAACCUGUGGACGUCAGCAUGACAGUCUGCUGCGCUGCUUCAGUUGAUUUAAGGCCUUAUUUUUCUUAUCUGGAGUGGGCUCUCUAUUAAAAAGUCACCCUGAAAGAAAACUGCUCCUCUAUACUGGUGGCUUUUAAUCAAACAAAUAACAUAUUAACUCAAAGCUUGUCUUGUGGGGGAAAACAUAAUGUUUGUUGUGUUGUGCAACAAACUGUAUGCAACUGGGAAAGCAUGACAAAUGUCUGAAACCAAGCAUUCAAACAACAUGUAAGAUUAUGAAUAUGUUUAUGAAUGAGUGGUGCCUGUGAGAGUACUAAGCAGUAUUGUAUCUUUCAGCUUGUCGUAAUGUUUAGAGCUUGACUUGAAAAUGAUGUAAAACUGGCCAUAGAAACCUUAUUUUUGGUGCGGCAAAAAUGCCAGUGUUGAUCAUUUUAACUUUGGGAAAAUUACUUUCAAAGUGAAUUGCAAGGUUGUUGAAUGUCUUGUUAAUUGCAAUGAUGUAAUGUAACUGAAUUACUCAAAUGUCUGACUGUAAUCUAGUUUAUUUUCGUUAUUUUCCCUUCAAAAUCUUAACGGUUGUAUUAUGUUAGCUGUACUUUUCAACAAAGAGUAUAGUGUCCUUUUCAAGAUGUCUAAAAAAUCUUUGUGCUUAACUCAAGUGUUAUUUUUAUGUUGCAUACUGGCAUGCAUCUAUGUAAUCUGCCAACAGAAGGUGACUUGGACAUUGAGGGGCGGUGUAGACAUUCUGCAAACUGUCAUAUUGUUUUCUCACUUGUUUUUAUUGUUUUUGUCCUCGACAUUGCGUCUGACUUUAUAUCAAUCUCAUGGGUUGUUUCUUCCACCUGCAUCAUCUAUGUGCCUCCACCAGCUUGCUUUUUUGUGCAGAGUCACAGUUUGAAGCCAAAAUCAAGAAUGACUUAUACAAAUGUAUGUAUUUAUAUAUAAGUAUAUUAAAAUGAAAAAAUACUGA